UGGAGAGGGUUCUCCGCAUCAUCAUCCGGACCCAUGCAACCCGCCGGGUUCCGCAGAGCGCACGUGACUGGGACACGUGGGUAGGCUGUAAAGCGAAGCCCCGCGUCCCCGCGCCAAGCAUCCACCAUUUGUGGUUUCCAUUUCCACUAUUUCUGGUUGCCUGCUCCUCCUCCUUCUCCUCUCUUUCUCUCUCUCUCUCCUCCAGAGUCUGACUCACCCAAUCACAACCAUCUUUCUCAAUCAUUGUUUCCAUCGGACAAAUCACCUUUGAAAUCUCUCUCUCUCUCUCUUCUCGUAUCAGUCUCGUUUUGUAGAAAUAUAACAGUAGAGACUGGCACAUAUAGCUUCUUCGAUAAAGCUUGAGAUCCCUGAUGGCUACUUGUGAAGUUUUUUCAAGAAAAAACCCAGCAUGAUUCAUAUCCACCCACAUUCUCCCACUGCCCAUCACCAGCAGCAGCACUCAGUUCAUCAGAUAAAAAUGGCAUCUUUAUCAUUGCCACGUUCCAAGCCCAGAUUCUUCCACCUCUCCAUCCUGGUCCUCUGCUUCUUUCUCACCGCCUCGGCCCAACAGCUCUCCCCCUCCCAGUCCAAGACCCUCCUCCGCCUCCAGCGCCUCCUCGAGUUUCCCCCCGCCCUUGCCGGCUUGACCAACUCCACCAACUUCUGCGUCCUCCCUCCCUCCACCUCCCUCUCCAUCGCUUGCUCCGGCGACCGCAUCACCCAGCUCUCCAUCGUCGGCGGCCGCUCGACCCCCUUGUCUUCCAGCUUCUCCUCCGAUUCCCUCUUCACCACCCUGUCGAGGCUCCCCAGCUUGACCGUCCUCUCCCUCGUAUCCAUCGGCAUCUGGGGACCGCUGCCUGGGAAAGUGGAUCGCUUCGCCUCCCUCAAAGUCCUCAACUUGAGCUCCAAUUUCCUCCACGGCGCGAUCCCUCCGCAGAUUUCGACCAUGUCCAGCCUCCAAAAUCUCGUCUUGGCUGGGAAUUCCUUCAACGGAACAGUUCCCGACCUCAAAUCCUUGCCGAUUCUCGCCGAGCUGGAUUUGGGAGGCAACCGCUUCGGCCCCGACUUCCCCUCCUUGGGCGAGAGUCUCGUGACUCUGGUCCUAAAAAACAAUAGCUUUGGCGGCAAAAUCCCAGCGGGACUGGCGGCACUCGAUCAGCUGCAGAAGCUGGAUUCGGCUUCCAAUCAGUUCGUCGGCUGGAUUCCUCCCUUCUUGUUUUCCCUGCCAUCUAUUCGAUACUUGGAUCUGUCCGGGAACCAGCUCACCGGCCAACUUCCGGCGAACCUGUCUUGCAGCAGCGGUCUUGGAUACGUUGACAUCUCCAACAAUCUUUUGAUGGGAGGACUGCCUACGUGCAUCCGCUCGAAUUCUUCGAGCCUGGUGGUGCUGAAUUCAGGGAACUGCAUGGCUUCAGGGGAUUCGAGUUACCAGCACUCGAAUUCUUAUUGCAAUGAUGGGGCACUGGCGGCCAUUCUGCCUCCAGCUGAUCACAAGAGCAGAUCCAAGAGCAAGCUGGGGCUUAUAUUCGGCAUUGUCGGAGGUGUCGUGGGUGGUGCAGUGCUUUUGGGUCUGUUAGUUUUCUUGGUUUCAAGGAGGGUGAGAGCAGCAACGAAUCCAGAGAGCAGCAUGUUCCAGAAACCCAUUGCUGGAAAAACUUUGGUUCAAGUCUCUCCAGGAAGAACUCCUGCUGAUGCGCGGCACAUGUCUCAAGCAGCGAGGGUAGGUACACUGGGGCUGACUCCCUAUCGUGUUUUUAGCAUGGAGGAACUCGAAGAAGCAACUGAUACUUUUGAUCCAUCAAAUUUGAUCGAAGAUGGUCCGCGAGGACAUUUCUAUAAGGGUUGGCUUCAGGAUGGCUCUAUGGUUGUGGUGAGACGUUUGAAGUUGAAACCAAAGCAUCCUCUUCAGAGCCUACUGAAGUACAUGGAUGUCAUUUCAAAACUCAGGCACCAUCAUUUGGUCAGCAUUUUGGGGCAUUGCAUUGUCGGUGGCCAGGAUGGUGCUAACACAGCAAGUUUUGUCUUUCUUGUUUUUGAGCAUGUCCAGAAUGGUACUUUAAGGAGUCAUCUUACCGAGUGGCGAAAGCGUGAGAUGAUGAAAUGGCUGCAGAGAGUAUCAGCCGUUAUUGGGGUUGCAAGGGGAAUUCAGUUCUUGCACACAGUGACGGUUCCUGGUAUUGUUGGAAAUGAUCUCAACAUAGAAAAUAUUUUGUUGGACCAAACUCUUACCGCAAAAAUUAACAAUUAUAAUCUUCCAGUGCUGCUGAAGAAUAAGAACAAGAAGGUCGGUUCUGAAAGCCCUUUCAGCACAAUGGAAGAUAGCGACCUUGGCAGCAUUCGCAAUUUGGAUCAUGGUGAAAAAGAAGAUAUUUAUCAGCUGGGUUUGAUUCUUUUAGAAAUUAUCACAGGCAAACCUGCAGAAUCCCAAAGCGAAUUGGAUUCUCUGAAAGUUCAGCUCCAGAAAAGCUUAACCGAUGGCCCGGCAGAGCUGAAAGGAAUGGCUGACCCCUCCAUUUGCGGCACGUUUGCACUAGGCUCCUUGAGAACGGCAGUUGAAAUAACCCUGAACUGCAUAUCUGAAGAUCCGAGCAUGCGUCCAUCAAUUGAUGAUGUUCUCUGGAACUUGCAGUACUCUGUGCAAGUCCAGGAUGGAUGGGGCAGCAGCGAGAAUCUCAGCACCCAAUCCUAGAUCUUGAGGUGCAUUUGCUUUCAAAUUUUCUUUUUCACCCCUAUUUGUUUUGUUCUGAUUGUGCUUUCAAUCUUUCAUGAGGUUGCUACCGGUUGAGGUCAUGAAAGUAGUUAUUUGUAUAUUUAAUUUGUAUAUGCAACUCACAGAAGCCAUGAGUGAAGUGAAAUAUUUAUAGGAAGUGAUCAAAAUCUUUACCUGUC